GCAGUCAGCUGCUUCUUAUUGGGACGCUGAUGUGCAACCAGUGAGCUGAUGUGCAAGACAAGAUUCCAGCACAACCACAGGAAGAUUUUUUUGCCCGGACUCACAGAUAGCUGUGAGAAGGACCUGAGAAGGACCCCACGCCUGGCACCAGAGACCCUCCAAUCCUCAUGGCCUCUGGAGUAUUGAGGAGGAGACACUUCAUCCAGGAAGCCACUGAGUAUCUGCAGGACUCAGCAAGCAGAAGAGACCUGCAGCUCCUGUUGGCCAAAGAUGACGCCUGGAAGGUGUUGGUGGCAGAGGCUGGAUUGUCCAGGGAUGAGGAAGCUGCACUGUGUAAGCUGCUCCUAGGGCUCCCAGCCCUGGGGGACAAAGAGCAGCUUCAACAAGAGCCGCAAGACAGGAAGAGGUUUCUGGAAGCUUUUCCUGAGUUGAAAAGGAAGCUGGAGGGAAACAUCAGGAAGCUCCGAGCUCUGGCUGACCACCUUGACCAGGUGCACAGAGCCUGUACCAUCUCCAACCUGGUGACCAACUCCACCAGCACUGCCUCUGGAGUCCUGGGCAUCCUGGGUAUAGCUCUGGCUCCUGUGACAGCAGGCGGCAGUCUGCUGCUCUCAGCCACUGGGCUGGGGCUGGGGGCAGUGGCUACUGUGACUGGUGCCGCCACUGUAGUUGUGGAGGAAUCAAGCAAGUGGGCAGAUGAGGCUGAAGCCAGGCGCCUGAUGUCAGACACCAUGGACGUUAUGAAGACGCUUCUUGUCCUGGGAGAGAUUGCAUUCAAACUUUCUAAAAGCUCCUAUGGUGUCUGCAAAAAUUUGAAAACUUUAGGACAAAGCAUUCAUGCCAUUAGGGCAGCCAGAGCCAACCCUAACUUAGUGGCAAAUGCCAAGCUCCUUAUGAUGACUAGAAGAAUCCCUGCCCAACGAGCUAACCAGAUGCAGAAUGUCUUUGAGGGCACUGCUCUGGCAAUGACUAAAAAAGGCAGAAUCAGAGGUGCCGCUGUUGCGGGUGCCUUCCUUGCACUGGAUGUGCAUUGCCUUGUAAGGGACUCAAUGCAUUUAUAUGAGGGAGCAAAAUCAGAGUCGGCUGAAGAUCUGCGGGCCCUGGCUCAGGAGCUGGAGGAGAAGUUGAGAGAGAUUGACCAGAUCCACAAGACCCUCUAGGUGCCUGUGACAGCCUCCCCCAGCUACAUGGAGGUCAAUGGAGAUGAUCUGGACAGAUUUGAGGCACUAAGACAUCUUGUUAGAAGAGGAUUGAGGUAGUUAGUUUUAACUGUCAUCUUGACACCAUCUAGAAUCAUGUCAGAAGAGAGUUUCAGUGAGGGAUUAUCUAGCUUGAGCUGUCCUGUGGACAUGUCUGGGAAAGAUUUUUCUGCAUGAUUCUAAAUGAGGUGGGUAAAUUCCUCCACCAUGGGGGGGGGGCACUAUUCACUGAGUAUGGGUUCUGAACUGUCUAAGGGAAAGCAGGCUGAGCACCAAUAAGCAUGCGUAAAUUCAUUUCUCAUUACUCUGGACCGUGGAUGCACUGAGGUAUCUGCUUUGAGUUCCUGCCUUGACUUCCUCACAGUGAUGGACUACAGACAGCCUGGGACUGUAAGCCGAAUGAAAGCUUUCUCUUCUCCCUGGCUUCUGUCAGGUAUUUAUCACAGCACCAGAAGUGAAGGUUGGAAAGCAGAGAGUGUGGGAUUGAGUCCACAGAACCAAGUGUUGAGCAGUGUGUAGUUCUGUGUCUCACUGUAUAGUUAAUAUGGACGGACUGAGUGUCAAAGAAAGAUGUGACAGCAGCCUGAACCGAGGGACCAGAGAGGACUAGAGAAUAUGGGGAUGGGUCUAAAACCACACGGUGGUUUGUGGGUAUGAACAGAGAGGGCUGUGCUGGUGAUGAGAAGCCAAGGAAAC